AUGCUGGCGCGGGUCGUACGGCGGACUCUCGCGUCCCGACGAGGGUUGCGGGGGUACAGCACUGUCACGGGGGAUGUUGUUGGCGAGCUGGAGACACGCGGGCUAGUGCACACGCUCACAUCGCGCGCGUUGCGCACGCACCUCUCGUCACCCCGAACCGUCUACUCUGGCGUCGACCCCUCGGCACGCUCGCUGCACGUCGGCAACCUGCUGCCGCUUCUGGCGCUGGCGCAUUUCGCGCGCUACGGUCACCGUCCCAUCGUGCUCGUCGGUGGUGCGACGGGCAGUAUCGGUGAUCCCUCGGGCCGAUCGAGCGAGCGAAACGCACUCGAUCCCCACACACUCAGCGCCAACGUCGCCGCGAUCCAAACGCAACUCAAGACGUUCUUUGCCAAUGUCGCCCAGCUGUCCGGCAAGGAGGUGGGGGUGCGGAUGCUGAACAACUACACGUGGAUGAGUGGCGUAUCGAUGCUCGACUUUCUCGGCGAGGUGGGACGGCAUGCACGGUUGACGCAGAUGCUGGCGAGGGAGAGUGUGGCGUCGAGGAUGGAGGGGGAGGGCAUGAGUUAUACCGAGUUUAGCUAUCAGCUGCUUCAGGCGUACGACUUUGCGCAUCUUCACCGCACAUCGGGCUGCACGGUGCAAUUGGGUGGAUCGGAUCAGUUGGGCAACAUCAGUGCGGGCAUCGACCUGAUUCGACGCAGAAUGGGCGCCAAGGCGAUGCGAGAUGAACCGGCCUACGGCCUGACCUUGCCGCUGCUGACCACGGCGAGCGGGGAGAAGUUCGGCAAGAGUGCGGGCAAUGCGGUCUGGCUGGAUGCGGAGCUAACGAGCCAUCUGGACUUCUUCCAGUUCUUCCUCCGAACGCCGGAUGCCGAUGUACCGCGCUACCUCAACGCGCUCACGCUAUUGUCGUCGGAAGAGAUAGCGGCGGUGUUGGACGAGCAUGAUGCAGAUAGGAGCAAGAGGACCGCACAGAGGGUGUUGGCCGACCAUAUGACGCGGCUCAUUCGCGGAGCGCAGGCGGCAAAAACGGCAGAGACACUCACAGCCAUCCUGGCUGCCACACCGGACGACGUGCCGCAGCUGCUCAGCCAGCUGGAUCUGCACAGCGCAGCCAGCAUGGUGGUCAGGCUCCACCACGCACAGCCAUUGGAACUCACAAGGAUAGCCGCCCAGACGGGCCUGGUCAAGAGCAGGGCAGAGGCAAAGAGGCUGCUCAACGCACGCGGCCUCUAUGUCAACAAUGCGCCCGCGGGCGAGGGGUGGCAAGAGCGAAUGGUGCCCAUGCCGCAUGGGGGCAAGGCAGCCGUGAUCAGGGCGGGCAAAUCCGCCCUACGCAUCGUGUACAUCGCAUAG